AAAAGCUUUAAAAUACAGUAAACAUGGAAUUUUUCUACCACUUAAAGUAAAAUUGACAUAUUUACUGAUAGGCAGUAUCAGCGUUGACAUGGAAUCCCUAGAGAAGACAUCAAGUGAAACGUCGUUGGUGUCAAGUAAGAAGAAAGUUAAGAUCCCUGUGGAUGAAGAGGUUGACCCAGUGAAGGACUUUUUAUAUCAGAUCUGUCCUAUUAACGUACGAGGAUGGCGCAAACUUAUCUGGUGGCGUCGUGUACUUGAGAUCUGCAAGUGCCCUGUGAUGUUACUUCUUACGAUUACCACACCUGUUUUGGAUGUAACUAAACCAAAACAGAAUUGGUGUCGUUAUCUCAAUGUAUUACACUGCAUUACUGGCCCUUUGUUCAUUUUAAUGGUUACUGGAUAUGCUCUUACAAUGAUUGGAGGCAAAUUUCCACUAAUUUGUAUAAUUUUAGUGAUUUGUUUGAUCUUAGCUGCUAUAGUAUUUUUCACAAGUGAAAAUGAUAAGCAACCAAAAUAUCAUUGUGCAUUUUCUUAUUUGGGAUUUUUGAUUGCUGUUAUAUGGAUUUAUUGCAUUGCUAAUGAAAUUGUAGUUUUGUUGCAAGCUGUAGGAAUUGUUUUCAAUCUCAGUGACACCAUAAUUGGUUUAACCAUUUUGGCGUGGGGAAACUCUUUACUGGAUUUCCUUUCAAAUGUGACUGUUGCAAGGAAAGGUUUUCCAAGAAUGGGAAUUGCAGCUUGUUUUGGAGCACCGUUCUUAAGUAUCUUUUUUAAUAAAUGAAAAUAAAAUUAAAUUACUGUCAAAACUU